GUCGAGACAGAAACAGACACUCAGACACAGGGCAGAAACGGCACACAACACACCGGGACAAGCCGAACCUACACACGCCAAAUCAUAUAUUCUUGAAUACCGGCUAAGCACCAAAUCUAUUGCCAAUCAACACCCUGGUAUUAAAAUCGGGGUUAUUUUUGGUCGAUUUGCGGGGAAACGGCCGGCUCGGUUGGCGGCGCUUAGGCUCGGCGGGACUUCCGUCAUACUUACUCUUGCGAAGUCGGGGUCUUGAUUCGGCCGGACUUCGGUUGGAAGUGGACUUUGUCUCGGGUUGAUACCAAUUUCCUUCUACUGCGGAGUACAGAGGACUAGGACAGAAUGCUCCUGCAGCCGUUGUGGGAGAACCUCUCGGUCUUGGGGGUUGCGUCGGCGGUGGGGAUUCUCACCGGAGGAUUGACGCUGGUCUAUGUCAUCUACAACUAUCUCUUCCACCCCCUUCGUCAGAUCCCCGGGCCCUUACUGGCGGGUCUGACACCCUGGGUGCAGCUCUAUCAUGGCCUGAAGGGGGAUCGGCAUCUGUGGCUUCAUCGACUGCAUGAGCGUUAUGGAUCGCAUGUGCGCGUGGCGCCGAAUUUCGUCUCGAUCAAUAGCGCGCAGGGGCUGCAUGAUAUCUACGGUCAUGGUAAGAAGCUGAAGAAGGCGGAUUUCUAUAACGCGUUCCCGGCGAUCAAGGGCGUGUAUAACACGCACAAUGCGAUCGAUAAAACAAUGCAUGGUCGUAAGAGACGUGUGCUCAGUCAGGCGUUCUCGGACCAUGCGCUGAAGAGUAUGGAGGAUGUGAUGCUCUUGCACGUGCGUCAGCUUUGCACGGCGCUGGGCGCGGAGAGUCAGAGUCAGAAGGGCGGUGCGGUGUUCAACAUGAGUAACUGGUUCAGUUACCUGACGUAUGAUGUGAUGGGAGAGUUGUGCUUCGGGAAGAGCUUCGAUAUGUUGAUUUCGAGUGGGAAGCGCAAGCUGAUCGAACUGGUUGAUCGCGCUGCGAAUCGGCACUAUGUGUGUGGACUGUGGAUGCCUCUGGAUAGCUGGCAUCUCGACCAAAUUGUCAUCCACCGGCUCACCAACGACCGAUGGAACUUCAUCAUGAACUCGCGCGUGGAAGCCAACAAGCGCGCCCAAGAGCGCACGCAGGCCGGCCACGACUCCAAGAAAGAUUUCUUCUUCUACCUGCUCAACGCCAAGGACCCCGAGACUGGCAAGGGUCUCACCACGCCCGAACUCUGGGGCGAGGCCAACGUGCUUAUGAUCGCCGGCAGCGACACCACCUCGACCACGCUCGCCGCCGCCCUCUUCUACCUCGUCCGGAACCCUCGCGCCAUGGCACUUCUGAAAAAGGAAGUCCGCGGGGCCUUCUCCUCCGUCGAGGAGAUCGUCACGGGCGCGCAGCUCAACGAGCUCGUCUACCUGAAAGCCUGCCUGGACGAGGCCCUGCGGCUAGCGCCUGCCGUACCCGGCGCGAUUCCGCGCGAGGUCAUGGACGGCGGCGCCACCGUGGACGGGGUCUACCUGCCCGCCGGCACGGACUGCGGGACGCCCACGUACUCGAUCCACCGGCAGGCGGAGUACUACCGCGAGCCGCAGGCAUAUCUGCCCGAGCGGUGGAUCGAGGGGGCGACCUGUCAGGGCCCAAACCAGGAGAAGGGUUGGACAGUCAGCAAGGAAGAUGUCGAGACGGCGCGCCGAGCGUUCUGUCCGUUUAGCAUCGGACCGCGCGGUUGCAUUGGCAAGGGGAUGGCCUUCAUGGAGAUGCGCUUGACGAUUGCUCGGAUGAUGUUCCUAUUUGACAUUGAGUUUGCCGAUCGCACGGGUGAAGACGAGGGCGGACAUUUGGCGUUGGUGGAUCACUUCACGAGCGCCAAGCGGGGGCCCAACGUGGUGAUCAAGCAGGCUGGAACGUGUUGAUCAUGCUGUAUAGCUGGAUAAGGGGAUAGAUUGAAUGUUCUUUAGUAAGUAUAUAUU